AUGUUUGUGCCUAACUCUCAUGCAUCUGGCGAUCAACAGCCAUUGGUUCCUAAGGCCGCUAUUACGAUUCCUAGGAAUAGGAGUAGAAAACCAUCCGCCUUGAUGGCAGCUUCAUUUACUACCAGUGGAAAAGAGUCAUUCUCUAGAUCUCUCCAUAUGACAGCGGCACGGGCAUCCAAAAGCUUCGACUCACACGUUCUUGUUGAUGUUGAAUCACCGAAUUUCAAAACACAACUCCCGGAAGAGCAGGAUGAGAUUCUCAAUAGUUUGCGUAAAAACUACCUGGUAGAUCAUUACAAGAGGGACUCGCGAUCUUUGGGAGAAUCUCAUGAUAUGACAAAUACAGACAGCCUAGAUGUAGAUAAAGGUACGUCAGUGACCUCGGAUAUUUCAGACCAUACACUGACGCCAAAUUUAUCACGUGCAGGGGGGGAUAUAACAAGAGACAUUUACAAGUAUGCGACUAACGAGAACAAUCCAAGAAUAUCUAGAUCUUUGGAGGAUAUAGCGUUGGCGGAUGAGAAUAGAAGAAGAAGAUCCACAGCAAGCGGUCUAAACGUUCCGGGUGGGUUUCGUAGAGAGUUUAUUGUUAAAAAGGUUAGAAAACAACAAAAUCAACAGAAGAGCAAUUCGAAUGAUUAUGCGUCAAGUGCACCAUCUUCUUCUUUCAGUUCGGUGAGCAAGUCACCAUCUCCAAUAAAUCCAUCAGACAUAGAGCAAGUACCAUUUCUGACAAGAAAUUUUAUGGAAUUUCUCUAUAUUUACGGUCAUUUCGCUGGUGAAUCCUUCGAAGAUGACUUUUUAUCAGAUGAAAGCGAUCUUGAAAGAAAUGCUGCUGAAGGCUCUCUUCUGAUACCUGACGAAGGACGUGCCAUGAAUGCUGUGGAUUCCGUCAAAGGUACUACACCAACAUCAAAAGCUUUUCUACUCCUAUUGAAAUCCUUUAUAGGCACCGGUGUCCUAUUCUUGCCUCAUGCAUUUUCGAAUGGAGGUCUUCUUUUUUCAAUAGCGAUGCUUGCAUUUUUUGGAUUAUACUCAUACUGGUGCUACUACAUUUUAAUUGUAUCUAAGAAUUUGACCGGAGUAUCUUCCUUUGGUGAUAUUGGAUACAAACUCUACGGCUCUUGGAUGAAAUUCAUUAUCUUACUUUCGUUGGUUUUAACUCAGUUCGGUUUUUCAGGAGCUUAUGUGAUAUUUACUGCGGAAAAUCUAAAGGCAUUUACGAAGAACAUAUUUUUAAUCCCAGAUAUUUCAAUUGUUUACUUCAUAAUAUUGCAAUUGAUCAUAUUCAUACCAUUGUCAUUUAUUAGGAAUGUUUCUAAAUUAUCCCUACCGUGCUUAUUUGCAAAUUUUUUCAUUAUGGCGGGUUUAGUUAUAGUUUUUGUGUUCAGCUUCGCACACCUUUCCGAUUUAGAUUUGAGACCAGCUGAGGGAACAAUAAUAGGGUUUAACUCUAAUCAUUGGACAGUAUUUAUUGGGACAGCCAUCUUUGCAUUUGAAGGCAUUGGAUUAAUCAUUCCUGUACAAGACUCGAUGAGAAACCCAGAAAAAUUCCCGUUGGUAUUGGGUUUGGUUAUCAUGACGGCAACAGUACUGUUUAUUCUUAUUGGCACGAUCGGCUACAUGGCUUACGGAUCUACUAUUGAAACCGUCAUUUUACUUAAUCUACCACAGAAGAACAUCUUUGUGAAUUUGAUUCAAUUCUUCUACUCAUUGGCUAUUAUGCUUUCUACACCAUUGCAGUUAUUCCCCGCGAUCAAGAUUGUUGAAAAUAAGGUGUUUCCUAAGUUCACAAAAAUAUAUGUGAAGAGACCAGAUAACACAACCAACGUUGAAGUGCGCCUAAACUCAGGGAAGUUGAGCUGGAAACUUAAGUGGUUAAAAAACUUCGUCCGAGCUAUUAUGGUCUCCUUGGUGUGUUCGGUAGCAUAUUUUGGAGCUGAUCAUUUGGAUAAAUUUGUUUCUAUUAUCGGUUCCUUCGCUUGUAUCCCCUUGGUGUACAUGUACCCACCGAUGCUUCAUUUACAGAGCUGUAGUCGCCCAAAUGCCAAAGGUAAAAGGAUUCCUUGGGCAAGUCUGCUUGACUACGGUUUGAUAGUGUUCGGUGGGGUGGCCAUGCUCUAUACUUCGUACCAGAGUAUAUUUUCAGGUUGA